GAGCGGCGGGUCAAGGGCGGCUCUGGGAGCCCCGGACGGCGCAGGGCCGCCGUGUGUGCCUGUGACAGCCUUGAGCGGGCUGAAGCACGGCUGCGGGUGUGCUGGGGCUGCGGCUGGGUCUCAGCUCCGGCCCUGACCCGGCGGGGACAAGGUGACCCGAGUGCCCGGGGCCAGGGCAGCAGCCGGGCUCUGCAGACACACUCGCCCCGCUCCCGAGUUCUCUGCCUUGCCGUCACUGUGGCUCUCUCCACAUGGCCUCUCACCAUUUUUCCAAGUUUGAAAAGCACUGUGAAGAGCCUUCAGAGUGCGGUGAGGAUUUCAACAUCCCCAUUCUCCUGUUACUGCUUGUAUUGAAGGCAGAGCAGCCAUAAACCUGUUUCAGAGAAAUCUACAUCAAAUCUUUAAGCACUCGGCUUUGGAGCUGGUCGGGUCAAGGAACACUGACAGUUAGUAAGAGGAGCACAAGUGACCACGGAGGCCUGGAUGGGGAUCUAUUUUCUGCUGUUAAUUGUAGGGCUGUGCUGGGGGCAGUACCACCCCAACACCCUCCCUAAGAGAACCUCUAUUGUGCAUCUCUUUGAGUGGCGCUGGCAGGACAUUGCUCUGGAGUGUGAACGCUACUUGGCCCCUAAUGGAUUUGGAGGAGUUCAGAUUUCACCUCCCAAUGAAAAUGUUAUCAUUACUGACCCCAAGCAACCAUGGUGGGAAAGAUACCAGCCUGUCAGCUACAAGCUGUGCACAAGAUCUGGAAAUGAAACUGAAUUUAGAGACAUGGUGACCAGGUGCAACAAUGUUGGAGUGCACAUUUAUGUGGAUGCAGUGAUCAACCAUAUGUGUGGAGCUAAUGCUGGGGCUGGUGACCAUGCUACUUGUGGAAGCUAUUUCAAUGCAAAGACUGAAGAUUUCCCAGCUGUGCCCUAUUCUGGCUGGGACUUUAAUGAUCGUAAAUGUAAAUCUAGAAGUGGAAACAUUGAGAAUUAUCAGGAUAUAUCUCAGGUGCGGGACUGCCGCCUGGUCAGCCUGCUGGACCUGGCCCUGGGGCAGGAGCGGGUGCGCUCCCGCGUCGCCGCCUACCUGAGCCGCCUGCUGGCCCUCGGCGUCGCGGGCUUCCGCAUCGACGCUGCCAAGCACAUGUGGCCUGCCGACCUCAGGGCCGUCCUGGACAAGCUGGGAGAUCUCAAUACCCAGUGGUUUCCUGCAGGAACUAAACCUUUCAUUUACCAGGAGGUAAUUGACUUGGGUGGAGAGCCCAUCAAAGGCAGCGACUACUUUGGAAAUGGCCGAGUGACAGAAUUCAAAUACGGUGCCAAACUGGGGACUGUGAUCCGCAAGUGGAACGGAGAAAAGAUGGCCUACUUAAAGAACUGGGGAGAAGGCUGGGGCUUUGUGCCUUCCGACAGAGCCCUGGUCUUUGUGGAUAAUCACGACAACCAGAGAGGACACGGGGCCGGUGGAUCUGCUAUUCUAACCUUCUGGGAUGCCAGGCUCUAUAAAAUGGCAUCUGGUUUCAUGCUUGCCCAUCCGUAUGGGUUCACACGUGUGAUGUCGAGUUUUCGCUGGCCAAGAUAUUUUGAGAAUGGGAAGGACAUCAAUGACUGGGUUGGACCCCCAAGUAACGAGGAUGCAGGCAUAAAGCCUGUCACAAUCAACGAGGACACGACCUGUGGCAACGACUGGGUCUGUGAACAUCGCUGGCGCCAAAUCAAGAACAUGGUUAUCUUCCGUAAUGUGGUGGACGGUGAGCCUUUCUCCAACUGGUGGGACAAUGGCAGCAAUCAAGUGGCUUUUGGCCGUGGUAACAAAGGCUUCAUCAUCUUCAAUAAUGAUGACUGGUCCUUGAAUGUAUCUCUACAGACUGGUCUGCCUGCUGGCACUUACUGUGAUGUCAUUUCUGGGCAAAAGGAAGGUGACUUCUGUACAGCAGUGCAAGUUCAUGUUGCUGCUGAUGGCAUGGCUAAUUUCCUGAUUGACAGUGAAGACGAAGAUCCAUUCAUUGCAAUUCAUGUUGAUGCUAAAUUGUAACCAGAUGUGUUGUGCAUGUGCUGUGUGUUCCUUCUCCUCUGUUUCUUUGUUAACAGCGGGCAGAUGUGCAGAAUGAACUGAGACACAGCAAAGUGUGUUCACUGUAAUACCAAUGAAAUAGUGAACAGCUGCUGUACAGAGAUGGGGACUGGUGGUGCCAGGGCAGAUCUGGGAGUGCUGCUGGACAUCUGUGUGCAUUUGUAAGUGCACUUUAUUCAGUUAAGGUACUAACAAAAAUUGGAAGAACAAGAUUGACACUAUUAAAUGUAAAAUUGUCCUGCUCUGUGCAUAAGUGGAAAUGUAGGGGAGGGUGGGCACUCCCAGUUGUAGGAAAGUAAUAUGUGAGUGGAAACUAGCUGAAGCCCAUUACUACCUUCAGAAAACUUUUGUUAGUUGUUAACUUUGUAUAAUCCUUCAUGCUGAGCUGUGUCUAUAUUCCCUCCCCAUGCUGCUCCUAAACUGAGGAGCCUUCACACCCUUUUAAUUAACACUCUCAGCUGAUGCACUCAAGUGGCAAAGUUGCUUAUCUGAAAUAAAGGCCACCUAUGAGCCCUUUGUGCUGA